UCUUUCUUUUGCAUCUUUAAUUUACUUGGGGCAAUCCUUAAGUACUGCAAAAACCCAUUGAAAGUUUAUAACUUGGAAGCUAAGCUUUAGAAUUGCUAGGUCCUUUCGCCUAUGUAUGUUCUUGAGAGGUAGGCUUUAUAUACUUUUGUCUUUUCUCAGAUUCUCCUUACUUAUUAUGGAUUAUCAAAUCAGGAAGCAGAGACCUUCACUCCCGAUUUCAGUAGCUGUAAAAAAUUUCGUGCUCGCAGCAUUUGGGAGUUGGGACUACUAUCCAUCUCAACGUGUACUAUGCUGGUUUAGCAUUACCCUCAGUAAUGUAAUCCCAAGUUAGAGCCGUUCCUGCUUGGGUACCAUCUCUAAUCUGUCGUAUAGCCACUUUUCCUUCACUUGUACAAAUUAUUCUUUGCAAGUUUCUGUUACAUAUUAAUAACCACUUGAGGCGUUUUCGGUUUCUAGUUUUGUGAUUUUGAAGGAUUACUCUCGAAUAUGUAACAAAUUGCAAGUAUAAGCUAUAUGCGAUCACGGGACAGAUAUUUGUACAUAAGCAGUGAUAACUAUAUUUAGAACAGGUUCUUUAGCCCGUUCACAGACUUGAUUGCUCCAAUUCAGGAUGGAGAAACUGAGCAUGAAAAGUAGCCGAAGUCAAGCAAAGGUGUUUGGUACGCUUCUCUGCAUCGGUGGUUCUCUUAUUUUCACUUUCUGGAAAGGAGGUCACUUGUUCAAGGGUUUUGUUGAAAAGCCCCUGAUAACUGCGUUUAGCACUCAGAGGCAUGGUAAGCAAAACCAAAUCAAGGGUUCUGCUCUUAUUCUGACUAGUCACAUUGCAUGGUGUUCAUGGCUAGUUCUCCAGGCUAUGAUCUCCAAAGUCUACCCAGCUCCAUUGUCACUUACCACUAUCAUAUGCUUUCGCAUCGUUGCAAUCUUCCUUUUUUGCCUUGUUCUUUGCAAGAAAUCCAGCUUCAUGGAGACUUGAGUGGAACCUGCAACUUUUAACCAUCAUCUACUGUGCGAGUAUUUCUCGUUAUAUAUGCAUACAUGUU